CAGCAAAAGGCCAAGCUCAGUCAGCAAGCUUCCAUUAGUCAAAGUUAGUUCAUUCAAUUAUAUUAAACAAAUUCCCCAAAUUCUCUCUCUCCUUCUUUCUGCUGUGAUUCAAGAAUUCAAGAAUGGUUCAAUCAUAGAUCAAUUCUCUGCAUUUCUACUGAAAUUCUGAUUGCAAUUGAUUGAAGAAUUUCAUUAACUGUAAAAUGUCAAUGUUCUUCCCGUUGAUAUGCAAUAUGCUGUGUUAAGCUGCGCAAAAAUUCUGCACAAACAAAGAAACAAUCUUCAAAAACAAAAUUGGGUCAAAUCUAGCAGAGGAAGAAUAUGAUGAAGAAUAACUAAGGUAAAAGACGUAAAUUUUUUGAUAUUGGGAUGAUUUGUAUCUCAAAAUCUCCAUAGUUUUAUCAUGCCUGCAACCCGUUUGUGAAAAUGUCCCAAAGAAAAGAUGAUGCGAAUUGGGGUUGAAUUUCAAUAUUAGAAAGGGGUGAGCGAAAAUUAGAGCCGGAACAAAGAAGCAUCCACAAGUGAUCAAGAUAUAGAUGGGUCAAAAUCAAGUAAAGAACAAGAACAAGAACAAGAACAGGCCAAUGUUUGAAUCCAAGGAGGAAUAUUUCAUUAAAAAUGGAGGCAUUUUGUUGGAAAAACAAAUUGCUCUGAGUCAAGGCCAACACAAAGGAGCAGGACAGCUGAAGAUUUUUUCAAGCAGGGAAAUUGAGCAGGUUACAGAAAACUACAACCCUGGUCUCAUUGUUGGAAGUAGCAUGCGUACCACCAUCUAUAAAGCAACCCUUGAAGGCCGCAUUGUAGCCAUCAAAUGCCCAUUACAGCUAGAGCCAGAGCCUGAUAUCGAAUUGAUUGAUCUCUUUUUAACCGAAGCCUCAACAUCAUUGGUAAUGAAUCAUUAUAAUAUGGUAAAACUCUAUGGUUGUUGCCUCGAAACAUUUAUUCCAAUACUAGUAUAUGAAUUCUUGUCAAGUGGAGGUCUCUUUCAAUGUCUACAUGAUAAUGUUGCAUCUAGUAAGUGUAUAAAGUGGGAAGAUCGUUUGAGGGUUGCAACUGAUAUAGCCUACGCGCUGUCUUAUAUGCAUAAUGCCUUGUUAAAGCCAUUAGUGCAUAGGGAUGUCAGGUCAUUAAGUGUACUGCUUGAUGAUUCAUUGCGUGGGAAGUUAGCGAAUUUUGGGUAUUCAGUGUCUAUUACUCCAGGGGAGACUCCUCAAAGAUUUCCAGUUGAAGGUACUCCUGGAUAUAUUGAUCCUGAAUAUGUAGAAACUCAAGAGGUGACUGAUAAGUGUGAUGUGUAUAGUUUUGGGGUUUUUAUGCUGGAGCUGUUAACUAGAAGGCAGCCACUUGAGAUGGCUAGAGAUGGGCCCGACUUAGUUGAUGUGUUUGUUUCAGCUGUGGAAAAGAAUUGCAUGAUGGAGAUAAUUGACAGUGAAGUUUUGGGAGAAGCAAGUAGGGAUGAGAUUCAACGGGUUGCACAGCUUGCAUUGUUGUGUGUAGCAAAGAAAGGGGCUGAGAGACCGACCAUGAUUGAUGUUGUUGGUGAGCUUUGGAACAUACAAGGAAGAGAUAAGAAGUGAAGUAGAAAUUGUGUUUGAAAUGUCAGGUUUAAGAAAAAAGAUGCAGAUAAGCAAGGCGCACAUCAGAAGACCAUAGUAACACUCAUCAAAGCGCUUAUAAAGCAACCAUUGAAGAUCAUAAUUUGGUUAUUGGAGUCUCAUUACAGUCAGAGCCGAAUCCCCAACUGAUUGAUUGCAUCUUAACUGAAGCUGCAACUAUGAUGGUUUUGAAUCAUGAUUCAUGACAAUAUGGUAAAACUCUAUGGUUGUUACCUUGAGACAUUUAUAUCUAUGCUAGUCUAUGAAUUCGUGACAGAUGGAGUCCUCUUUCCAUGUUAACAUGGUGAUGUAGCUUCUACAAAGUGCAUAAAAUGGGCUGAUUGUUUGAGGGUGGCAAGUGGGACAGCAUAUGCACUAUCCUUUAUGCAUAAUGCCUUACCAAAGACAGUGGUGCAUAGGGAUCUCAAGUCAUCAAGUGUACUUCUUGAUUAUUCAUUCUGUGGCAAAUUAGCAGACUUUGGGUGUAACUCAUGAGGUGUCAGAAAAAUGUGAUGUGUAUAGUUUUGGGGUUUUGAUGUUGGAACUAUUAACUAGAAAGCAGCCUCUUCUGAUGGCCAAAGGUGGUACAGAACUAUAGACUUGGUUGAGGUGUUUGUUUCAAUGUGGGGAAGAAUUGUUUGAUGGAGAUGAUUGAUAAUGAGGUCUUGGAACAAGCAAGUAGGGUUGAGAUUCAACGGGUUGCACAGCUUGCAUUGACAUGCGUGGCAAAGAAAGGGGUGAGAGACCGAGUAUGGUUGAUAUUGUUGGUGAGCUUUGGCGCAUACAAGGCCGAGACAUGAAGUGAAGCAGAAUUGUGUGUGGCAUGUCAGGUUCUAGCUUAGAAAUAAUGAUGCAGAAGACACCAGUGUCUUUCUUCAACAACAAUCUCACUCAUCAGUCCACAAUUUUUCGGACUUGCCUGAGAUAGUGAGAUCACACCAAAGAGUCAGAAAACACAGCGUAGACACGCCCGGUGUCUCAAUUUUGAUUUCAAUCUGCGGCCAGGGUUUCGAUUCGUCACUCCAUCGUCGUUCUUCGACGUUUCGAAGUACAGAGAAACGGCUGUACGAUUAAACUGGCAAUACUUAGUGCUAGUCUAAGCAGAAUAAUUUGCUCGAAACAAGUCCCUAAUAGAUGGAUCAAGCUCCAACAAAAGACAAUAACAAGAGAAAAGUAACGUUAGAUUCAAGGGAGGCGUACUUCAUCCAAAAUGGAGGAGUUUUGCUGGAAAAACAAAUUGCUCUAAGCCAAGGUCGAAAUGUAGGUCCAGGGGAACUAAAGCUUUUAUCUCUGAAGGAUAUCAUGAAGGCUACAAACAACCUUGACCCUAAUCUUCUUGUUGGUAGUAGUGCUCAAAGAAACGUCUACAAAGCAACCGUUGAUGACCGUGUUGUAGUUGUUGGAGUUCCGUUACAGCUAGAGCCAAAUCCUAAACUGAUUGAUCGCAACUUAAAUGAAGCCUCAAUAGCGAUGGUUAUGAAUCAUGACAAUUUGAUAAAACUCUAUGGUUGUUGCCUGGAUACUUGUAUACCAAUACUAGUAUAUGAAAUGUUACCAAAGGGGGUCCUUUCUCAACAUUUACAUGGUGAUAUUGCAUCUUCCAAGUGUAUAAAGUGGGCUGACCGUUUAAGGGUAGCAACUGAUGCAGCAUAUGCGCUAUCUUAUAUGCAUAAUGCUUUGCGAAAGCCAGUGGUGCAUAGAGGAGUUAGCUCAGCAAGUGUACUUCUUGAUUCUUCAUUCCAUGCUAAACUAGGUAAUUUUGGGUACGCAGUGUCCAUAACCCCGGGGGAUACAUCUGAAAGAUGGUCUGUUGAAGGAACUCUAGGAUAUGUCGAUCCUGAGUACAUUGAGACUCGGGUGGUGACAGAUAAGUGUGAUGUGUACAGCUUUGGGGUUUUAUUGUUGGAGUUGUUAACCCGAAGUAGUCCCAAAAGGAUGCUUAGAGGUGGGAGAGACUUGGUUGAUGUUUUUGUUUCUGCUAUGGAAAAAAACUGCAUGAUGAAGAUGAUUGACAGGGAGGUAUUGAAGCAAGCAAGUAGGGAUGAGAUUCAACAGGUGGCACAGAUUGCUGUUAAAUGUGUGGCAAAGAAAGGGGCUGAGAGACCAUCCAUGACUGAAGUUGUUGUGCAACUUUGGAAAAUAAGAGAUACCUACGAUGGGCUUGGAAAUAACGGUGGCCAAGGCAAUCACGGACGUGGACGUGGUCGUGGAAACCGUGCUCAGCAACAACUAGGGGAUGCAUAUGGCCAAGCGUAAACACAACUUUACUCUUCAAGUACGGCAUAUAGUAAUUCGGUUGUGUUGUACACAACCGAAUUCUAAUAUUGUUUGUGCAUGAACACCAUCAGUUGAGCGGGUGAUUGGUUCCAGCCUUCCCCCAACUGCGUGUCAGAUUUCUUUUCAUGGAGGUCAUUCAAUAAUAUCCUGUUCUUCGUUACAAUCAGUAAUAAAAUAAUGAGGCCAUUUGGUAACUGUGUGUCCCCUUAUGAAGGUAAUUUCUCUACUAAAUCCCCUUACCCUGGGCUUAAUUCGUGUGACUGCAGCAAGUUGUACUAAUCUCCCAAUUUUUAAUAUUGGCAAUGUGUACUUAAACUCCAAAUAUCAUUCUUUACAGUUGAACAAUGUUUUUCGUUUUCCCAAAUUGAAAUACAAUUAAAUGUUGGUUGUUCAGAAAUUGUGACAACGUAACAAUGAGUUUCUGAUAAAAUUUCUGUUUGUGUUAAGGAUCAUCAUCAUAAAACUGAAGUCUUUUUUUAUUCGCAUUACCUAAAACCUAGCAUUGUCAUUCAAGAAUCCUGACUCAGUUUACUGUAUUUGCGAAACAACUUCAAGAAUGUGAACAAGUUAGUAUAUACUUUGUAAUUCCCUUAUAAAUAAUAACACAGAAAGUAGAGGUUUUUCAUAUGCUAGUAGAAGCAAAGCAGACAUGGGUAGUAAAUCAAUCCAACUGCUAUUUCUUGCUCUGAUCUCAAUCUCCAUCUUUACUAAUGUCACUCUGAGUGUUAGUGGUGUCUGUACCAGUUGUUGUUGUUGUUACCCAGACAAUGAGUCUGAGAAGAGGUAGGAAUCCCCCGCCGAGUCAAGAUUCUAUUCCUGAAGAAGGCAAAGUGAAGACUGAUGGUGAUGGGAUCAUCAAGCAAGACUCUGCUCCAGAAGAAGGCAGAGUGAAGACUGAUGGUGAUGGGAUCAUCAACAUGGUGUAAAAACUCGUCCGAGUUAACUAGGUUUUGGAGGUUGGCGAUACGAGAUAUCCCGAGUUGUAAAGGUAUUUUUAAAAACGGACGAGAUCUCGAUUGGUUCAACCGAUACGAAUCAAUUUUGUCCGCAUUAAACGUUAUUAGCCUCACCUCUACUAAGUUUUCGGCCAAAUUUCCCAUAUUUUUAACAGAAUGAAAAAGGUAAAAGGAAAGAAAUGGAGAAACUCCACUGAAAUACUCCACUUUCAGAUCUAAACAAGAGAGGAGAGAGAGGUGGACAAAGAAAUUCAUUUAAUUAUGUCACGUGUACGGUUUAGGGGAGGGGGACUAGGAUUAGGUUAGUGAGUGGGGCUGACAUGAGGCUUCUUUUUCAAAUUUCAAAUUCCUAUGUGACAACCGCGACAAGGUCUGCGACUAACGCAUCAUUUCCGUUACCUAAACUCCAAGACUGAUCUCGUGACCGCGACCAUCAGUCUUCACUCUGCCUUCUUCUGGAGCAGAGUCUUGCUUGAUGAUCCCAUCACCAUCAGUGUUCACUUUGCCUUCUUCAGGAAUAGAAUCUUGACUCGGCGGGGGAUUCCUACCUCUUCUCAGACUCAUUGUCUGGGUAACAACAACAACAACUGGUACAGACACCACUAACACUCAGAGUGACAUUAGUAAAGAUGGAGAUUGAGAUCAGAGCAAGAAAUAGCAGUUGGAUUGAUUUACUACCCAUGUCUGCUUUGCUUUCUAAUUGCUUAUGAAAAACCUCUACUUUCUGGGUUAUUAUUUAUAAAGAAAUACAAAGUAUGGAAACUGGUUAAUAACACCAAUUGGUUUGUUAUGACUUAUGACUCUGAUCUUAUAACUUAGAAACUGCUGGGCUCAUAUUGCUUGUCAUCAUUGGAAACUGCUCUGUAUUCAAAGCAUCAACAAUAGUUGAGCUACUGUUUGGUUUGGUUUGAUAUGUGACUUCUGGUUUGUAAAUAUUUGGUACCUGUAAGCUGUAACUUAAUUCUGAACUGAUAUGCAUUGUCAAUUUAAGUUAUCUUUACUGUAAAUUCGAUUCUGUACUUUGUUCUGCAUCUGUUAUUUCAGUAUUAUCCUUCCUUAAUGGGUAUUUCAGUAUUUGCGUCUUCUUUUGGAGCUUUGAAGCUUUCCUAUAUUCUGUUUCCAAAUUUUUAUUGACUGAUAAUUAACUGUUCAAAUAUAAGCAGUUUCCUCUUACAGUGUUACCAGACUCAGGCACAUUAGUAUCUGUUUUAUGUACACUGAAAAUCUAAACUUCAGGACGACUUCAGUCAUCCAUUCAUGCACUACAAUGUACAAUUUUCUUGUAUUCUAUCUAAACUAGAAAAUUUAGUAGCGCGAGAUAAAAUUUGAUCUGUUACACAACCCAUUCAACAGAAUUUAGUGUAGCAAGAAUUUGCAUAUUUACAUCGAAGUCUAUCUGCAACAGUUUUAAGCACUUAUAUCUCCCAUUAUCUUCGAGUUGCCCUUUUCCUACUCUGCAAGACUUUGUACCAGUAAGGAAAAGAGAUAGAGGGGUGUUAGCACAUAGCAGUAUACCCAUGUACAUAGCUGAAACCAACCAAUGUGCCAACCUGCAGCAACUUGACUUGUGCUCUAUUUCUAGAGCGUUUUCCUAUUUAGCCGAAGUUUCCUAGUUCAUGUUUUGUUCUAUUAAUCGAAACCUAACAGACCAUCAUCCACUUAAUUUACAAGGCCUUAACAGACUAACAGAUAUGCAAAAAUACUUCCUCUGAUAAUAUAGGUUUGUCCCUCUACAUUCCUGAAUUUAUGUACCGCCGUUAGAGUGAUUAUGUACUGCGAAUAGUGUUAUGAAUUUAUCAGUCAUAUAAUGUGAACAUAGAUCACAAGAUAUACCGCGUUAUAGAUUAGAAAUCAUCUGUAACCAUACACUAAUAUAAGAGUCGAAAUAUACGAAGUAUUAUAUUGUCUAGAUCAAGAAAUGUUCCACAACCACUUCUCUGAGUCAUUCUUUUUUUCUGUCCAAAUUAUAGCAUUUACAUAAAGUCUGAAGUCUGAACACAGAAAAUUUAAACAGAAGGGAUAUGAUUAGUACAUUGUUUAAGUGAGGAUUAGUUUAAUGAUGAACUCCAAGGGGAAUAUCGAAUAUGGUUUUUCAUUAGUGUUCCCAUUGACCCUUUGUACAAAUUGUUGCUUUUGAUGGGUAGAGCUUUUUCCUUUUCAUCUUUACAAAUUAUUUACUCUUAUCUUGGACCACAUAUUUGAUGGUUAGUGGAAUAGUGGAUAAUACGAGUAGGUAUACUCGUUUACAAAUUCUUGUGAAAGACAGUGUAAUACUUAUUUAACUGUCAGACCACAUGUUAUGUCACGUGCCUUUUUUCCUACCUGGCUUAUAUAGUAAUAUUAGGCAUAGUUCAGUUAAGAAAAUGUGACAUGGUCUGAGAAGAGAUUAGUUGUACUAGUCUUAACUUAUUAAAAUUAGUGCAUUAGAUUCCAGAGAUUAUGGGUAUAAUCAUACUUAAAAAAAUUCUUAACUUUUUAUUUGACUAAAAACAAACUUAUACUCCCUCCGUCCCGGAAUACUCGACCCGGUUUGACCGGCACAGAGUUUAAGGGAAUUGAAUUGAUUUAUUAAAUUUAAUAGGUAGUAGUUGAUAGUGGGGUAUUAUUUUAAUGUAGUUAGUGGGAGGUGGCCCGGUUUGACCAGCACAGAGUUUAAGGGAAUUGAAUUGACUUAUUAAAUUUAAUAGGUAGUAGUUGAUAGUGGGUAUUAUUUUAAUGUAGUUAGUGGGAGGUGGGUUAAGAGGUGGGAUUGGGGGAGAGUAGGGGUUGAAUUUUUAAUUAUUUUUUGUAUGGAGUAGGGGGUAGGUCAGUAGGUGGGUUAAUAGGGGUGGAGUGAGAAAUAAGGUGUGUCAAAAUCAACUAUGAGGUGUGCCGGAACUAUUUCCUGCAAAUUUUCCGUGUAUUUGAAUGGUAAAAUCAGCAUUCCGAUACUAUUAUAUAUUUGCACGCGCAGAGCAGUUACUACAAACCAAA